AUGAUCAGGACCUUGCUGCUAUCUGCAUUGGUGGCUGGAGUUCUCAGCUGCGGGUACCCCGCUUUUGAGGCCCAGCGACAAGUGAGCAGAGUAGUUGGAGGUGAAGAGGCCACACCCAACAGCUGGCCCUGGCAGGUCUCCCUGCAGUACCAGUCCUUGGGGAAAUGGUACCACACCUGCGGAGGCACCCUGGUGGCCAACAACUGGGUCCUAACAGCUGCUCACUGCAUCAGCUCUUCCAAGACCUACCGUGUGGUGCUGGGCCGACACAGCCUCUCCACCGCGGAAUCCGGCUCAGUGACUGUUCAGGUCUCCAAGCUUGUGGUCCAUGAGAAGUGGAACGCUAACAACGUUGCCAACGGGUAUGACAUUGCCCUGAUCAAACUGGCCAGCCCAGUGACCCUGACUAGCAAGAUCCAGACUGCUUGCCUCCCAGCUGCUGGCACCAUUCUUGCCAAUAACUACCCCUGCUACGUCACAGGCUGGGGCAGGCUGCAGACCAACGGGGCCACUCCUGACGUCCUGCAGCAGGGCCGCCUGCUGGUUGUGGACUACGCCACCUGCUCCAAGUCUACCUGGUGGGGAAGCACCGUGAAGCAAAGCAUGGUGUGCGCUGGCGGUGAUGGUGUGACCUCCAGCUGCAAUGGGGACUCCGGCGGACCACUGAACUGCCAGGCAUCUAACGGCAAGUGGCAGGUGCACGGCAUCGUGAGCUUUGGCUCCUCUCUGGGCUGCAACUACCCCCGCAAGCCAUCCGUCUUCACCAGGGUCUCCAACUUCAUUGAUUGGAUCAACACGGUGAUUGAAAAGAACUAAGGGAAGAUGGCUCUGGGGCUGUCACCUUGGAAAUGCAGUCACAUGGAAAGCAGUAAUAAAGUGACUCUAUGAAUCA